AUGAGGGACAAGCAAGAUAUCAACCAUUCCGAAAACGCCUUGAACGGUGUCAAUUCUGGAGGAAGCGGCAAGAACAAGUCCUGCAUGAGGCAUUGCAAGAAGCUGUGGUGGGCGUAUCUACUCCUGCUGGUGGUCAUCACCGCCAUUGUCGUCCCAGUCAUAAUUUUGGUUGCCGUUCCAAAGAUUGCCCAGCAUAAGCUCGACGAGGCCGAGCUCGUUGUCGAUGGAAUUACCCUCUCCAACACAAAGUCCAACUCAUACACCAUGGCCAUCAACUCGACUUUGAAAUCGGACGGCAAGGUCAAGGCCACAAUUGAGGGCUUCGAGGGAGUCAUGUACCUCGAGGACUUGGAGCCGCACACCCCCUUUGUGACCAUCAACUUCCCCGAGACCAAGUCCGUCAAGGAGCAGACCGUCAACAUCAGCCAGCCUAUCCAAAUCCAGAACAUGGCGGCCUUCACAACAUUCAACACCUGGUUCCAAGCAAACGAAUCCCUCAGAGUCACAGUCUACGGCGAGACCCACGUCAAGGUCUCUGGACUCCCCAAGAGAUACCCCGUGACCUUCAAGAACACGGUCACCCUGCAGGCCCUGAACGAUUUCAAGGGACUCAAUGUCACAGAGAGCGAGAUCAGCCUGACCCCCGACGCCAAUGGCGACAACUUCAAGGGCAAAGUGACGAUCCCCAACCACUCCGUCAUCACUCUCGAAAUCGGCAACGCCUCUUUCCGCAACCUGCUCAAUAAUAACGAAAUCGGCACCGUCUAUAUUGACAAUCUUGUUCUGCAUCCGGGCGACAACAACGUCAACAUGCGCGCCAACAUCUCCCAGGCCCCCGUCCUCACGGCCAUCCAGGCGAAGCCCGCUUGCGAGAACGGCGUCAUCCCCUUUGGCCUGAACGGCAAGGACGUUGUUAAUGGCGGUCAGAGGCUGUCGUACUUUGCUGAUGCUCUGGCUGCUGGCACCGUCCUUACUGACAUCAACGUCGGCGCUGCCCUCAAGAAGAUCGGUCUCAAUCUUACCUGCAGCUCUUAA